CAUGUUAAUGUUUUUAAACUCUUCUAGUAAUUCUCUAAUCGCUUAAAUGAAAUAAAGACGUUCUGUGUGCUGCGAACUUGAACACAGCCGUAAAAGCCACAAUAACACAUACGAUGGCAUCAUUGCCCCCACAAUCUCCUGCGGGAAGGCAGCUCCCUUCCGCGUCCCAUCAGAUAUCUGACAGCGCUUCAUCAGCUAAUAGCGGAGAACCUCCUCAAUCCGAGACAGAUUCCUCCCUCCAUACAAACGCUUCCGUCGAACGCCUAGACGUUUUUCCUAACGUCUCGAAGGCCUCGGGAGUCCGAGAAAUAGAGCCUGUGCAACAGCUACCGGAUACAUCACCGCAACAAGAGCAGUCAGGUCAACAAAACCAAGAGCCUUCCAUCAUGGAUAACUCCUCACCAGACGGAAUACAGCAAAGUGCCCCUAUUGAAACCCCCACCGUAAUCUCCGAGCCGCGCAAGUGCUGGAUCUGCUACACCGAUGAAACCGAAGAUACCCCAUUGAACACAGAGUGGCGAUCACCAUGUCCCUGCGCCCUGACAGCCCACGAAGCCUGUCUCCUUGACUGGCUCGCCGACCUCGAGAACCCAAACUCUCGAAAACGAAACAGACAUCCCGCCAAAAUGCUCUGUCCCCAAUGCAAGUCCGAAAUCGUCAUCUCGCGUCCGCGAAGCCUUGUCGUCGACCUGGUGCGGGCUGUUGAGCGGCUGGCGGGCCGGCUUGUGUUACCAGGCAUGAUCUGUACGCUGGCUGGGACUCUGUGGGCAGGCUGCUGUGCGCAUGGGGUGUACUCUGUAUACCUAACUUUUGGCUCGGACGAUGCGAAGCGGAUUUUCCAGAGCCGGAACGAAUCGACGUGGAAUCCGCGAUUGAAUAUUGGAUUACCCCUCAUACCGGUCGUGCUCAUACUUUCGAGAACGAAGUAUGCGGAGGGCCUGCUACCGGCUAUACCCGUUCUCUUUUUUGCUACGCACCAGCCUGGCAGCCAGGAGCUGGAGAUGGAUUUCUGGCCGCCCAGCGCUGCGAUGACGUUUGCAGCACUGCCAUAUGUGAAGAGCUUUUAUAGUAUGAUUUACGAGAGGGUUUUUGGGAAACUGGAGAAGAGGUGGAUUGCAGAGGUACAGCCGCGCUCGGGAGAAGCUGGUGCUGACGGACAGCAGGAUGGUGACCGUGGAGGCGCAGCGGACGGAGGGAAUGGCGAUAUCCUCAUGGAGAUUGAUUUAGAGCUACAAGUCGGACUUGGUGGUGGAGGAAAUGAUGACAUUGACAAUAUGCCCGUGGUACCGGGAGCAGGCGGCGAGGACCUUCCUGAUGACGGUGCAGCUGCCCAAAACCAAGAAGCAGGAGGCGCUGAGCAAGGCAACCAGAUACUUGGCCGGCGACAAGAGGCAAUAAUUCAUGAUACGAGCAACAUUGCAGACACAGUUCUGGGUGCGCUGCUAUUCCCGGUCAUCUCAGCGUCGAUGGGUGGCGUGCUGAAGAUGGCAUUGCCGAAAGCCUGGACGACAGUCCCAUCAGUGGCAACGUCUUCUUCGCCUAUACUGGAGGCGAGCAGAUAUGGCUUGCUGCAAAGUAGAUGGGGACGGAGUGUUGUAGGAGGCUGCCUCUUUGUACUUUUGAAAGAUGCGCUGGUAUUAUAUUGUCGAUGGAAGUUGGCAAAUACACACCGGAAAAGAAAGGUGCUCAAUUAUGAUCGGACGAAGAAGCAGGCUGCGGGGCGGGGAGAGUCGAAAUAAUGAUCCUAAUAAUUACGCAUCAAUAACUACCAUGCGAAAUGUGAUACAGAUACAUACGCG